GCGGAAGUGAAAAAUAGGUGUCCCCGCAGCUUCUUAGCAACGCGCGGUCAAGUGACACAAUCAGCUGACUCCGGUAGAGGAAGGGACUGUGGCGGCCAGUAUUGGAGCUGUUGCAGCCACGAUUGCCCGGCCAGGGACCGGAGCUGAGCGGUCAUCGUCAGAAUGUCGGGCAAAGACCGGAUUGAAAUCUUCCCCUCGCGAAUGGCACAGACCAUCAUGAAGGCUCGUUUAAAAGGAGCACAGACAGGCCGAAACCUCCUAAAGAAAAAAUCUGACGCCUUAACUCUUCGAUUUCGACAGAUCCUAAAGAAGAUAAUAGAGACCAAGAUGUUGAUGGGCGAAGUCAUGAGAGAAGCUGCCUUCUCCCUUGCCGAGGCCAAGUUCACAGCGGGGGACUUCAGCACCACAGUUAUCCAAAAUGUAAAUAAAGCCCAAGUGAAGAUUCGUGCAAAGAAAGAUAAUGUAGCAGGUGUUACUUUGCCAGUGUUUGAACAUUACCAUGAAGGAACUGACAGUUAUGAACUAACUGGUUUAGCCAGAGGUGGGGAACAGUUGGCUAAACUGAAGAGAAAUUAUGCCAAAGCAGUGGAGCUACUGGUGGAACUUGCUUCGCUGCAGACUUCCUUUGUUACUCUGGAUGAAGCUAUUAAGAUAACCAACAGGCGUGUAAAUGCCAUCGAGCACGUUAUUAUACCUCGGAUUGAACGUACCCUUGCUUACAUCAUCACAGAGCUGGAUGAGAGAGAGCGAGAAGAAUUCUAUAGGUUAAAGAAGAUACAGGAGAAGAAAAAGAUUCUCAAGGAAAAAUCUGAGAAGGACUUGAAGCAACGGAUGGCAGCUGGUGAGGUGAUGGAGCCUGCUAACCUUCUAGCAGAGGAGAAGGACGAAGAUCUUCUGUUUGAAUAGUCUUUUCUGUUCUGCUGCUUUCGGAAACCCAGCAUGGCUCCAUUUAAAUUCAGUGUGUAGGUUUGGUAUGUGUGGGUAUUUGUAUUUUGGCCUAAGAAUUUCACCAAUUGUAAAAUUUACCUGGAUGUCUGAUUUAUGGGAUUACUUUUGCAGAAUCAUGACUCAGCAACCAUUUAUCAUAGGCAAAUGAGAUUUGUAAAGUUGCUCCAUGCUCGCAGGCUUUACUUGCUGGAGUGUCACAUGGCUAUUUAUAUCUGUGUCACAUGUGACCCAUUUACCAAGCAUUUUAAGAAGUACCCUUUAGGAAACAUUAGUGGUCUCAGGUCAGCUGCUGUGAAGACCUGCGUUCCUACCCCACUUGGAAAUCUUGGCACAUAUUUGAGAUGCCACAGCCACCUGUGUCGCCAUGGUACAUCUCAAGCUUUGUGAAAAUCUGCACUUUUUUUUCCCUUGCAUGACAUCUGUCCUGUCUUGGGAGCAGUUUUGCCAAUUUAAAUAUGACUGUUAUACACAGAGUAAAAUGAUUGAAAAUAUUUUGUUCUUUUUAUUAUUCAUUUACUGAGAGUAAUAGUCAUGUUUUACACUUAGAUCAGUGACCAUAUUGCCAUCCACAGAUUUCUCUGUAGACCCCUCGUGAGUAGCCUUUUUUAUUCCAUUUAUUAAGGUUUAUUAAAAGGCUUACUUUUUAGACAACUGCAUUUAGGUACUAAUAAAUGAUUGCCAGUGAGUUAAGAGGGCUUCAUGCUUCGUAGUCUGAAAAUACUAAUUUUAUGUGGUAUCUUUUUACUGUAAGUAGUAAUAACCUGCUUUCAUGUAUGAAGACAAGGCACUUGAGUGGCUGUAUCAGACAGUGACUGAGGUUUUAGAGCUGUUUCAUGAUUACGCAGCCUUCUUUUUUUUAAAGAAACAGGGUAUUGCUGUAUAGUUCAAGCUGGCCUGGAAUUCACUAUGUAGCUCAGGCUGCCUUAGCUUCCUGAGUGCUGGAAUUACAGGUGUGUGUCAUGAAGCCUGUUUUUGUUUUAAACUCAGCCUCUCUUGCCAGCAGUUCUGGUAUUUGGGGCAUGACUGGCCAUGGAAUUGCUCUUAGUUAUGGGACACCAGCCUUGUUUUUAAUCAACUAAUAGCAUAGUCUAGGCUUUUUAAAGUACUAAUGAGUUUUAACACUUGCUGUAAAGUGACAGGUCUUAGUUUUGUCCAAGGCACUAUUUAUUGUAUUUUCUCAUCUCAUCACAAUAACUACAAAUAUACAAAUUUUAUUCCUCAUCUCCUGGAGGAAAAAUUUGAGGCACAGGGGGCUUAAGUAAUUGUUAGUAGGUUAAAAAGCUAGAGAAUGGUGAAUCCAGGGUUUAAAGUAGUCUACCUUCAGUUCCACACCCUGAACUUUCAUCCUUCAUUUAAAAACUACAGUAUUGAAAGCUAGGAUGGGGGGUCUGUCCUGGAGGAGGUGAUCUGUAGUUAACCUAUUGUUGCUCACAGAAUAAAACCUCAGAUUUCAGUAGUGAUUGGAAAAUUAGUAACUGAAUUUACCAGUAUUUUAAAAAUAGGUAACAUAAGAUGUUUUAACAUUUUCCAACACCCUGGUGAGAAGCAAAUUCUACCAUUUCCAUUUUGUAGAGAAGGAAAGUAAGGCUUAAAUAAGGUAAAAUAGCAUAGCUCAAAUUACGAAUCAAGUGGAUCUUGAUUUCAGAGGGUUGGUCCUUAAACAUUAUGAAUUGCUUUUCUAGGAGGCAAAAAUUUAAUCUGAAGGCAGGGGUAGAGAGCCAUAUUAGUGUUUUUUUUUCUCAUGUAGUAAAUAAAGCAUCCACCUUAAAGCACUGA